CGUCAACGAGCCAGUGAACAUUAAGCGGAGCAGACCAAAAUCCCAAACAAGGAAAUGGUGGGGGAAUAAAACGACCAGAUUAUUUAAUUAAUGCAUGUAAUAAUUAAUAUUUUAUUUUAUUGUAAUUUAAGACGUAUUUAUGGGUUAAAAUGGAUUACGACUUCAAAACAAAGCUGGCAGCCGAGAGGGAGAGAGUAGAAGAUCUGUUCGAAUAUGAAGGUUGCAAAGUGGGUCGAGGCACCUACGGGCACGUUUAUAAAGCUAAGCGCAAAGACGGGAAGGAUGAGAAGGAAUAUGCACUGAAGCAAAUUGAAGGCACUGGAAUAUCUAUGUCAGCCUGCAGAGAAAUUGCUCUGUUACGAGAACUGAAGCACCCGAACGUUAUUGCCCUUCAGAAAGUGUUUCUGUCCCACAGCGACAGGAAGGUGUGGCUCCUGUUCGACUACGCUGAACAUGAUCUGUGGCACAUCAUUAAGUUCCACCGCGCCUCCAAAGCCAACAAGAAGCCCAUGCAGCUCCCCAGAGGGAUGGUGAAAUCUCUCCUGUACCAGAUCCUGGAUGGGAUCCAUUACCUCCACACCAACUGGGUGCUCCACAGGGAUCUGAAACCAGCCAACAUCCUGGUGAUGGGAGAAGGUCCGGAACGAGGGAGAGUUAAAAUUGCUGACAUGGGGUUUGCCAGACUCUUCAACUCUCCCCUGAAGCCCCUGGCGGACCUGGACCCCGUGGUGGUGACCUUCUGGUACCGGGCCCCUGAGCUGCUCCUUGGGGCCCGGCAUUACACCAAAGCAAUCGACAUUUGGGCAAUUGGCUGCAUCUUUGCGGAGCUGCUAACGUCGGAGCCCAUCUUCCACUGUCGCCAGGAGGACAUCAAGACCAGCAACCCUUUCCACCAUGACCAGCUGGACAGGAUAUUCAGUGUCAUGGGUUUCCCUGCAGAUAAAGACUGGGAGGACAUCAGAAAGAUGCCAGAGUAUCCUACACUGCAGAAGGAUUUCAGGAGGACAACGUAUGCAAACAGCAGCCUCAUCAAGUACAUGGAGAAACAUAAAGUGAAGCCUGACAGCAAGGUUUUCCUCCUGCUCCAAAAACUCCUCACCAUGGACCCCACCAAGCGAAUCACGUCGGAGCAGGCUCUGCAGGACGCCUACUUCCUGGAGGAGCCUUUACCAACCACAGAUGUGUUUGCUGGCUGUCAGAUCCCCUACCCAAAGCGAGAGUUUCUUAACGAAGAUGAGCCUGAAGAGAAAACCGACAAGAACCAGACCCAGCAGCACCAGCAGACGACGGGCCAGACCCAGGCCCAGACCCAGCAGCAGGCAGCGGCCCAGCAGGCCCCCUCCCAGCAGAGCUCGGCUCAGACCAACGGCACCACGGGGGCCACUGGGGCAGCCGGGGGAGGCGGCAUGCAGCAUGGGCAGGACCAGGGCCCGCCCAACAAGAAGCCUCGGAUCGGGCCCUCUGGGGCUUCCUCCGGCACAGGGGUGCUACAGUCAGAAUAUCAGCACUCCAGCUCCCGACUCGGUUACCAAAGCAACGUCCAAGGGUCCACUCAGUCUCAAAGUACCAUGGGAUACUCGUCAUCGUCCCAGCAGAGCUCCCAGUACUCCCAUCAGACACACCGCUACUAGGAGCCGUAGAAUCGCCUCCAGACCCCCUGCCCCACUUGACCCUUCACCCCCCGCUUUGGAACCAGCAGAGGAUGCAACUCCUCAUCUUUAACCGACACCCAGCAGCCUUCCUCGCCUCGGUCGGACCCCUAAUCUUAGGUGACGUCAUUCCAAUUUGGCCUUCCUCCGUUCGAAGCUGCUCUCAUCUGUCAUCUUAUUGUCUGAAACAUGAAGGCAAACACAAAUGGGAACCAAAAAAAAAAAGACAAGUUCUGCCUUGUGGGGUGAAACUAAAGGAAACUAAAUGCAAAAGGGAAGUGAAGGCAUCACGCAAACUGAGAAUCAUGGCACUUAUAAAUGCAACGUUCCUCAGCAGGACGACUUGCAGCUGUGUUCGUAUAUGUAUAUUAUAUAGCACCUUUUUCUAUUUGAUUCUUUUUUUUUUUUUGUUCUCUUGCUCGUUUGCUAGACUUUCAGAGUUUACCUUGAUAGUUGAUGUCACUCGAAAUAUUGUUACACAUGGGAGCAACGGGAUGCAAUGAAACGGUGGUGGAGCAGAACUUCAUCCUCAUCUCCGUCGUCCAAUCAGAAGAAAAGGAGCGUUGGAGUUAACCCUGUCCGCCUAAAUGCAACCAUGACCCAGAGACUCCUGUUCCCACACAGCGGGGGGAAAACGUCGGCUGUUGAGCUGAUGUCAGUGCAGGGAAAUAUUAAAGCGCAGUUUAUUGGAAGCUUUGUAAUAUAGACUUUGUAUAUUUAGAUCCUACUCAUCUCAACCUGGAUUUGGAGAGCGAGAGAAGCAGUCGUCUUUAUAGAGCGCCACCUUCUGGGGGUUCCGCUUUUUGCCGGCGUCGACGGUAGUUUCAGGAGGCCAGACUCUUCAUGUUUGUGCUGCUGGAAACUUUGCUCUGAUACCCAUCUUAUCUCGGACCAUCAGAACUUUGAAGGUCUUUUUUUUUUUUACUAGUAUUUUAAACACAGAUGUAACGUGCGCAUUACGUACAGGGCAGCUAAAAUUACCCUGCCUUCCCCCCGAAAUAUGAUUCUUGAGACUGUUACUGCCUAAUGUCAGAUUUUUAUUUUUUUUAAGGUUUAAUUAUUACCAACAGUGUGUAAGAGUGUGUGUGCAUGUAUGAAUUUUUAUUUGCAUGUUUUUUCAAACCUACCAGAAUUGCACUGAGCGCUGAACCCGUCUGCAACGAGCUGGAACAAACGCUGGGUGAGUUUUUGUCACCUGAACUUUUGCCUUUUUUUUUCUGGGACAAAUUUGCCAAAAUGUGACAAACAGUUGUUUGUCAAUAGCCUCAUUUGGCCACAUUUAGAGAUAAAGGGUGCGUUCUUUACUACCACUAAUAUGUUCAAUCUUUUAAGUUUAUUAACACUAUGAAUGCCAUAUUAGUUUUUAACUUCAAUAAAUUUUGGAUUUAUUCUGGCUUUUUACAGAGCCAAAAUCAUACAGUGCAUAUGUGCAUGCACCUCCACUGGUAUUCAGAUUAAGUAUGUCUUUUUAGCAAGUUGCAUAGAAACCACAUGAUUUGUUUUGCCAGCAGCAGCUUAUUUCAUAACUCACUCUUCCUACCAGAAUCGGUCCAGCUUAUUGAAAGCUGUUGGUUUCCAAGCACAGAGCUGGAUUGUGAGCAUAAUCCAAACAUUUUCCACAUGUUUAACAUUUGGAUUGUCCAGAAACCCAAUGUUAGUCUUCAUUAUCUUUUGGAAAAGUGAUACAAAAGUGACUCUUUUUCACACUCAAAUGGUGUAUUCCACAUUCAUCCAUCUAGCUGAUGAGUUGAAACUAACUGAUGAAUUACUUGGUAGCCCUCCUUCUUCAUUGACCGCAGCUCGGCCGGGCUGGCCCUAUUCCUGCCCUGGUUGUGUUUGCAUUGACCAGAGUUCUGCCUUCAAAGUGGGUGUACACCAUCAUACCAAACCGCAAACUUCCGGAAAUCUUCCAAUGAAGUGGCGUUUGUAAUUCCACUGUCCAAUCAGAUCAACAUCAAAGCACAAGCAAGUGAACAUAAUUCAGUUGCAAUCGUUUAAUUUCAGUGUGGUUUUGUACGUAUUGGGGCCACAGUUGGUGGUUUCUUUGUCACUGCAGAGAAAAAGUCGCAUGUAUUUAUCUGCUUGAUGUGUGAUCUGUUCAGCUUGUUGAAUAUUUAAUGCAGUUGAAUUUGUUAUGCUUGUCAUUUAAAAAUCGACAGGGAAAAACAGAUGAUGACAGGAUGUUUUUGACGCUGCCGGUCAAAAUGAUGGAGAUUGAGAAAGUCUAAACGCUCCUCUGCCUGAAAGAUCUGGGAGAUGACCCGUGUUGGUACCCGGCCCCGCAGCCGGUGAACCAAUCAAUAGCCAAGUCUCGUCUGGGGGGCACAGAAUGGAACCAUAUCUCUUGAUAAGAGGUGAAGGUAAAACUGUGCCACUAGAGGAGUUGUGGGUAGGAUAUAUUUGCAAAGUAAAUUUAGUCUAUUUUUUAUUUUUUUGAGUCCUUAUACUCCAGUUAACGAUUAAUCGAUCAGCCCUAAAACUAAGCUAACAUAUUUCUUUUUUUUAAACAUUCUUUAUUUAAGAAUAUUAUGAAUCCAACAUAUAUACAUAUCUAUAUUUCUACAUGCACUUACAUAAUACAACAAAAAAAAGAGAGAGAGAGAAAAAGGGGGAGCUCAGCAAACAUUUAAAUCCAUUUUGGCAAUUGACAUUUCUUAGAAAGGUCCUCAUGGGCUCACAUGAAAGGGAGGUGUACAUAUCCAGUGUCUUCCAUUUUAAAAGAGACAUACAAAGGGGCCUGGCACAGCUUUUUAUAACCCAUAGCAUCUUUAUCCGUGUGGCCAUCCAAAGUGGGAAAUAGCUGGGGUCCAUACACUCAGAAAGAUGUCCAUUUUUACACAAAGUUUUGCUGUUAUCUUUUCCAUUAUAUACACAUUCUUCAAUUUUUCACCCUCCAUUGUUGAAGGGUGGGAGGCAAAAGCUUGAGCCAGGACAGAGUUAUCAUUUUCCUUGCAACCAGUAGCAGAAUCUGUAGUAACUGGACCCAAUAUUUUCUCCUGAGGUCAAACCCAAUAUAUAAUGCAGUGGGUUCAGUGGUAACGUGAACUUAAAUAUUUUUUACAUUUCUGUCUGAACCCCCUGCCAGAAUGGAAUCAGUCCCAAAAAAUGUGAGUGUGAUCCCCAAUCUGAUUCCAGUUCCUCCAGCACAAAUUUGUUUCAUUUCUGUCGUAUUUUGAAAUACUGAAAGGUGUUUUGAAGAAUCUCAUUCUUAAUUUCCAAUCAAAUUCCUUCCAACCUGGACUUUGGGUGAUCUUAAAACCUUUUUCACAAACCUCCUCUCACUCCUCAUCUUCAAUAACAAUAUUUGUUUCUUGUUCCCACUUUUGCUUUAUAUCUAUAGAAUUGUCAGAGAAAUGCAUCUGUAAAUGUUUAUGUAGAUUAGAUAUAAUCUUCCUCUUAUUAUUUUCCUCUACACAUUUUAUCAGAAAUAUUUCUAAAGGUAAUUUUUGUUUACCUUUUGUUUCAAGGUAGGCCAUUCUUUGUGUGAUAAAAGGUAAUCCCUUAAUUGUAAGUACUUAUAGAAAUCUUUUGAGCAUAAUCCAUAUUUAUCUUGUAACUGCUUAAUUGACUUAAGUCUUAAGAGUUUCUCCACUGAAUAACUGAUUAAUUCUUAUUAAUCCUUUCUGUGCCCAUCUCUGAUAACCCGUAUCCAGUUUGUUUGGAAAAAAGUCAGUAAUUUUUAUUUUUAUAAAUGUGUGAUAUUGUUAAAGGUGCUCCUAAGCUAACAUAUUUCUGUCAGCUUUCUUUGUGGUUUCUCUGGAACUUUCUGACAGACAUUAAACCAAAUAUCAGUUUGGGUAUAUGUAUAUGUUUGAGCCAGCAUAUAUAAUUGUGAUGCUGUGUGGAAUAUUUAAAAGUUGUGCAUCAAAUUCCUGUUUUUAAUAUUAAUAGAACACGUUUGGAUCAGCGCUCCUUCAAUUUUGGCUUUUCCCUUCAGAGGCCGCCACGGCAAAUCUUCUGCAUCGCCUACGCUCUCACCAACCAGACAGCCUAGGCCAACCAAUGUUCAUAACACUACACAACCCCAAACAGAACAGUUACAGUCCAAAAUUCAUAUGACAUCAUUAGACCCGGUGAGUUUAUGUAAACUUCAGAUCGGCCCUGCAUUUUGCAUUUCAUAAUUAUCUUGAGUCCAGAUUUGAGAAAACCUGUGUGGAAACAAGGAGCUCUAAUGUAGAGCGUUUUCUCCUCUCUUAUUUUUCCCUGAAUCUUCCAGACUUAAACAGUUUUUCUUGGACCAAUUAUUUGUGCAGUUGGGAAGAAGCAGGAAGAUUAUUCUUCAGUUCAGAAGUUUAUUUAAGAGGAAUUUUGCCACAUGUUUUUGUUCCAUGAAAUUAAUGGAAGUAAGAAUUCAUAUCCAAUCAGCUCUCCUGAAGUCACACAGCUGCCUUCCUAUCUACUUGACUGGACCGUUGCAAACCUGAGUGAAGUUGACCCCCUCCACUUUCUUCAAAUCAAACAAAUUUGGUGUGGAACAUUUAUGCAGCAGAAAUCUUUGUUCUUUUUUUUUUUUUGAGGAUAUGAAGGAUUUACAUCGUUGAAAGGUCAACCAAUCCUACCUCACACUAACCAAAUAAGAACAAAAUCGGUCAAUGACUUGUGCUACAUUUGUAAUGGUUUAUGCUGCUAAAAAGGUUUUUGGUCCCAUUAUAAUUUUGUGUGUGGUUCUCUACCCCUGCACCACCACAGCACCUUUAAAUUUUAAAAACAAUAUCUUCAUAACAAAAGCAGCACAAACGUAACAGAGUUGACCAGUUUUGUCUCUUGCAAAUUUCAUUAACAUCUUUAAAAUGAUAAAGGCACAAACACACAUUUUUGCUGCAGAGGCGAUUGACACCAGUUUGAUUUGGUUUGAAUAAGGUUAAAUGUGGGAGAGAUUGUUAACUCCACUCAGGUUUCAUUGCAGACAGAAGGCCUGACAUUAGACUUUUUCCUCUUUGUUGUGAUAUUCAUGAUGCAUUUCCGAGUGUUUCUAAUGUUUUGUUGUCAGGCCAUAAUGAGCUCACUACAUUAAAUUAGCUAAACACAUUUAGGAAUCAGUUAGAUAUGAAAUCAUCCUUGGUGUUUUUCUACUCCUAUAUUUGCUGUUUAUUGAGUGAACAUUAUGAACGGUGAAAGAAUAGACCAUUUCCUUCAACCUUAUUGGUCCCGGCUGGUCAUGUGAUCAGCUGUAAUAAAGGCUGUAUUAAAGAACGCACCCAGUGGGUCCGCUAGGUGUGUCUGUGUUUGCCUUCACGCAGGCUUUAACCCACAAAAGACUUUUUUUUAUUUGCCUGAUAGCAUAAGAAAAACACUGACACCUGGUGGCUGAAAGUAGAACUAAACCCUCUGCUUUCAAUUUGCAGGACUUGAUUUGUGGAGGCAGGACAAUGAGCAGUAAACAACUGAAGUAAAACCAGGACAAACUUUUAGAUGAAUAAAACAGUUUAACAGAAUUAUUACCCAUCAGUUAGUUCCUAAAUUCUAUUUCACACAUGAUCUUGAUAUACAGAUUGCCAUAUGGCAUCUGUAAGGUUGUCUUCCUGACUUUUAUGUUUGUGCUUUUAGUUGUUUUGCCUGAGAUUUCUUAGCAUUCAAGCAGAAACUGAAAGUUUAGUUUUUCUCUGUGAAGUCUGUGUAGUUGAGUUAUUUUGUACGAUGUGUUUUUGUGUGUGUUUUUGUGUGUGUUAUGGCAUUUUGGCAGACAGGAGUCGAAUGGGAAUGGGGGAAGGGAGGCAGGGUUGGGUUGUACACAACGCCGUGGAUCAAAACCAGCAGCUAUAUUUGAAGGUUUUCCUCCUCCCUUCAGCUUGCAUAUGAGAAGGGAGCGGCAGCAAAGACACCUGAAGACACUUUGUUGUACAUUUCUCUCUCCACAAGAAGCGAGGUGUCACAAGUAUUAACUGAGCUCUAGGCACGAGUGAGUGGCAGGUCACCGUCAAACUACUCCUAUGCAAACAAACCCCAGACUGAAGCUCUCACCCAUGCUUAACUUCUGUGAUGAUGACUCCAGCACACACAGUGCUCCUACUUUUGUUCACUUCCUUUUAAAUUGUAUGUUAAAUGUUCUAUUGUAAAAAAAGAAAUGCAUAUAUAUCAAUAUUAUACUAUCAUAUUUAUUAUUUCCAUGCAUCUACAUCUAGCGGACUUUCCUCUGCCUUAACAAUGACAGCUGUAGAAAUGAACCGGGCAUGUUUUUAAGCAGUAGCCUACUUUUCCUCCACCAACAAGUGGCUAUGGGCUAUGGGUGCACCGAUUGCAGAUUUCUGGCCGAUCACCGAUCCUUAAAAAGCCUGAUUCUAAUUGAGCUAUUUUUUUUGUCUGAAAUGUUGCUAAGUUGGCAACAGCGGGGUGACCACUUCACAUCACAUGUACUGUAGAUGUGAGCUGGUGGGCGGGUCUAUCAGUCAAACUUCACAUGGCUGAUUUUCAGACCUUUGCUGAGGUCAAUAAGAUCGGUAGAAACGAUCAGCUUCACAUCAGCCGAUCACUGAUGUCCCAAAGUUAAGGAAAUUGUGGCCGAUUUAUUGGCCGGCCAAUUUAUCAGCGCACCCAUACUAUGGGCCCCCUGUGGGUUUUGGUCAGGCAGGUUGAUCUGGGCUCUGUGUAGGGUCCAUUUAAGUUGUUUUAAGAACACCUUCUAGUCUGACCCAGUUGGGUAGCAGGGAUAGCUCCUAGCUGGGUCAAUCUGUUAAUACCUGCCAGAAACGGCAGAGUUCUUGUGGGCCCAGAUUUCCAUCAAACAUCUACCGAACAUUGAUAUUGGACUGUGAAACAGUUUUUGCAAAAACAUUCAUACUCAUUCAUACAUUUCAAGUUUUGAAAAACGUUAUGUGCACACAAGCCUCAAGUUGUCUUUUGGGGAUUUUAUGAGAUAAACUAAAACUCAGUAGAUCAUGAUGGAGGUAGACACCAACAAACUCUGGGGCUUAAAUUCUACAUUGAGGUUUAGGUUGUUGCAGAUCGAUCAAAUUCUGAUCUAUUGAUUUUAAACUUGCAAACAUUGUAAGUUUUGUAACGACAUUGCAAUGAAAACCUAUUUGUAGUGUAGUUUUGCCCUACUACAAAAUGAUUUGACCACCAGACACGCAGGUGUAGACAAAGGAUCAAGGGAUGUUUAGAAGAGCUUUUAUCAUUUUCUUUCAACUCCACAAUUUAAAAUUACCUUGUGUUGGUCUGUCCUAAUAAAAUCCACUGAAGUUUGUGGCAGUAACACAACAAACUAAAAAAAUUGAGUAUGAAUAUUUUUACAGCCACUGUCACCUGUAAUUAUCCCCCAUUUAAAAAUAAGAGUGAAAUAUUUCUUGUGAGUUAUCUCAGAAAGUGAACCGGUCAUUUUAUAGAGACUCAUUAGGCACAGAGCAAAAAUACUUCAAGCUAUGUUUUUUUUGCAAUUUUAAUGGCUAUUGCUUACAGGUAAAAAAAACAAAAACAUAAGAUGACUGACAAGAAAUAUUCCACUUUGCACAACAUUCUAACUUGUUCAGAUGUAAUACUUUCUGGCUCUUUUAGAUGAAUUGCCGUUGAAUGAUUGGUCGUUUCCCACUAAGGUCCAGCUUGUUCUACUGUGAGCCCAACAUAAGCUGCGUUUCCAUUACAAAUGUGUGCAAACCUUUGUCAAUAGUAAGCUAAACAACACCAAAAAACCCCCCCACAAUUUCGUAAUUGCAGUUUCUAGCCCAAAAACCUUUUAUCAAUAAACUUGAGCGUUUCCUCGUUUUUUAAUUUUCUUGUUUCCAUUAAGCGAAUCUAUUUUCAUAAUUCCAGUUUGCGCAAUUUGAAGGUCGAUGGAAACGCAGCUGUAGUUCCACAGCUGUCUUCACAGCACCGAAUGAUGAUGAUCCACCUUUUGUUUUGUGUGGAUGGUGCCUUUUCUUUCUAUCGUCCAAACAUGCCAUUUCAGUUUGUGUUCUCUGGCCUUUUUUAACUCCUAGCAGCUAAGCAUCCAUGUUUAGCAUGACUUUGACGUGUCUCAUCUCAGAGGACUGCAGAGAAUCCUGAGGGUGAGCGUGUGGUUCCUCUGCUGACAGAUUAUUAUCGUCACACAUUGCUAGUUCCAAGUCUGUUUUGAGAUGCUGUACAUAACCACAUUUUAAGACUUCCUCAUUGAGAUACUAAUAAGAUAAUUGUCUUCUAAUGCACUGUUGUUGCUAAGAUACCUGGCAUAGUGAUAAGUUGAAAGAAAGUAUUUACUGUUCUUUAUUGUCUCGCUUUGGACACUAAAGUUCCUGGCAGUGCACACUAUUAAACUCUGGUGCACCGUAGGCCACUCUCCUUCUCUUCUCGCUGUUUUUGAAUAGUGUUGCAUGUGCCUGCUUUUUUCCAGUGGAGAACGUUAGCACUUAUUGUCCCACAGUUUGUACAGACGGACAGAUGCUCCACCCGCACAGCUCAGUUCCUGCCGUGCCACUCGUCCAUUGGUUCUUUUAGCUCUCCCACGCUGUUAAGAGACGGGAUCCGUUCGACCCCAUGAGCUUUUUACCUUAUGUGGGGUCACACUGACCCUGCAUGCGCUUCUAAAAGGUUGGGUUUUUUUGUGUGUGUGUGGUUUCGGGAACUGACAGUCUGAUGGGACAAACCCCCGCUUUCCCACUCUCUGACUGUGACAUCUUCUGCGCUCCUUCUAAGCGCCGUGCUAAGACCACAAGAGGGUUAAUUGUCAUUAGUAGUGUUGCCCCUCUGGGGCAGAACCCAGUCCCUUCCAACCCCCCCUCGCUGGUUGUCCCAGAAUGCUGAGCUGCAGCAGGAAACACAGAGCUUUGCUUGUUGGAGCGUCUGUCCACUCUCCUAUCUGUUUUUGGUAUGGGUGUGUGUGUGGGUGUGGGUGUGUGUGUGUGUGUGUGUGUGUGAGAGAGAGAGUUGGCCUGCACAUGACUUUGGAAUCUACAUAUGGCCUAAAUGUGUUGUCUUUUUUCAUAGCGUUUAUAGAUGAGGCAGCAAUAGCCCUGCGCAGGAAAAUCAGAUGUUUAUUUAGCUGCUUUUAGCAAACUUGUCCAAAUGUUACUGUACAAAUGACUGUUAAUGAGAAAAAAGUCAUGUAUAUUUAUUUUAUAUCCUCUAUAAUAAAAACCUCUUUUGUCUGA